AUGGACCGGAAAGAAAAGGAAAAGAGGCGCCAGCGAUGGGGAGACAUUAUCGAAAUGGCUGAAAAGAAGGAGAACGACAUAAGAAAUGGAGGGAAAGGGCGUCUUGACGGCCAGUGGGUUGAGGACAAAGAAGAAGCCAGUGACCGGACCCGUGCGGCUGUUCUCUCGGCCAUGACUAGCCGUCAGUUUAUCGACAGCCUGCAGCUCGGUACAUAUGCAGGUUCAGACACAUCUCUCACUUCUGGUGAUCCCAGUGUUAUCUUCAAGGAAGAAGGUGAGGGUGCAGAUGACAGCUCAAGCAGUAGUAGCCCUGGUUUGUCCGGUCGAAAGCCCAUUGUUGCCACAUCUGCGGCAACAAUGCCCGCGGCAACCUCGAAAGGCAAGGAAAAGGCAAAAGUAUUCUUUGCCUUUGACGACGAAGAUGACGAGUUUUUGAGCUCUGACGAGGAUGAUUCUUUGAGCGACGGUCAACAAGGGCCAGUUAAUGCCUAA